AUGAGCGAUAUUAAGAAAGGUGAUAUUCAGCACGAUGUGCGUGAAAAGAACAUGACUGUUGGUGGUAAUGCUGCUUUCCAUAACUUUAUCAAUGAUUUUGCUCAUAUCGAGGAUCCAUUGGAGAGAAGAAGAUUGGCUUUGCAAAAAAUCGAUGAGGCUGACUUUGGUUGGUACCAUGUCCGUGCGAUCAUGGUCGCUGGUGUUGGUUUCUUGACUGAUUCUUACGAUAUCUUUUCCAUUAAUCUGGGUAUUGCUAUGAUGGCAUACGUUUUCUGGGAAGGUGACAUUCCAAGUUCUUCCAACACUCUGUUGAAGGUUUCUACUUCUGUUGGUACUGUUAUUGGUCAAUUGGGUUUUGGUAUGAUGGCUGAUAUUAUUGGUCGUAAGAAGAUCUAUGGUGUUGAAUUGAUCAUUAUGAUUGCUGCUACCAUUUUGCAAUGUACCGCUGGUCAUGCGCCAGGUGUCAACUUUGUCGCUGUCUUGACUUUUUACCGUAUCAUUAUGGGUAUUGGUAUCGGUGGUGACUACCCAUUGUCUUCUAUUAUCACAUCUGAAUUUUCUACUACCAAAUGGAGAGGUGCCAUUAUGGGGGCUGUUUUCGCCAACCAAGCUUUUGGUCAAAUUGCUGCCGGUAUUGUCGCUUUGAUUCUAGUUGCUGGUUACAAGCACGACUUGAUCGACGCAAAGGAUGGUAAGAGCUGUGGUGUCAAAUGUCAAAAGGCAUGUGAUCAAAUGUGGAGAGUUUUGAUUGGUUUGGGUGCUGUUCCAGGUGCCGUUGCCUUGUAUUUCAGAUUGACUAUCCCAGAAUCCCCACGUUACACUCUAGAUAUCAGUAAUGAUCUGAACAAGGGUACCGCUGACAUCUCCAAGUUUGUCUCUGGUGAACACGGUAACGCUGACUUGGACCAAAUGGCUCGUCUAGAAAGAGCUCCAACUGCUGUCGAGGCUGUUGAUAUUCAAGCUCCAAAGGCUUCUUUCAAGGAUUUCUGUAGACAUUUCGGUCAAUGGAAGUACGGUAAAAUCUUGUUGGGUACUGCUGGUUCUUGGUUCUGUUUGGAUGUUGCCUUUUACGGUUUGGGUCUAAACACCGCUGUUAUCUUGCAAGCCAUUGGUUACGCUGGUAGUGAGAACAUUUACACCAAGCUGUACAACACUGCUGUUGGUAACUUGAUUUUGAUUUGUGCCGGUUCUUUGCCAGGUUACUGGGUUUCUGUUUUCACCAUGGAUACUAUUGGUAGAAAGCCAAUCCAAUUGUUUGGUUUCUUCAUUUUGACUGUUUUGUUCUGUGUCAUUGGUUUCGCUUACCACAGAUUGUCUGACCACGGUUUGCUAGGUAUAUACGUUGUCUGUCAAUUUUUCCAAAACUUUGGUCCAAACACUACUACUUUUGUUGUCCCAGGUGAAUGUUUCCCAACCAGAUACAGAUCCUCCGCUCACGGUAUCUCUGCUGCUGCCGGUAAGGUUGGUGCCAUUAUUGCUCAAACCGCUUUGGGUACUUUGAUCGAUCACAACUGUGCCAGAGAUGGUAAGAAGAAGAACUGUUGGUUGCCUCACGUUAUGGAAAUUUUCGCUCUAUUCAUGCUUGUCGGUUUGUUCCUAUCGUUCUUGAUUCCAGAGACUAAGAGAAUGACCUUGGAAGAAGUUACAGAGAAAUACCACGACGAAAUCGACCCAUCUGCUUACAGAGGUGCCGUUGCUGGCUCUAACACUACUUCAGCCGAUUCCACCGAAUUGGAGCAAGUUUAA